AUGUUAUUUAAUAUAAAACAUAUCCUGUGCUGGUUAUGUUUCCUAUUCCAGAGUGCAGAUGGACUCGGCACAUUGUUAGGAACAAAGCCUGUGAGGGGCUCUCUCUCUGGAAGGGUGGUCCUACCAUGUUCCUUUUCUGCCAUCUCCACCUCCACACCUGCCAUGAAUAGUUCUACAAGCACAGACCGUUUGCGGAUCAAAUGGACCAGGGUGGAGGGUGAGGUUGAGAACACAGUAUUAGUGGCACAGAAUGGGGCCAUCAAGAUUGGACCCCUCUACAGGAACCGGGUUUCAAUCCCCAGCCACCCAGAGGACAUUGGUGAUGCAUCCCUCACAGUAGUCAAGCUCAGAGCCAGUGAUGCAGGGCUGUAUCGCUGUGAUGUUAUGUAUGGCAUUGAUGACACACAGGAUGCCGUCUCACUGGAUGUCAGUGGUGUAGUGUUUCACUACCGGGCGGAGAAUAACAGAUACACUCUGAGCUAUGACCAGGCGGUGAAGACCUGCCUCUCUGUUGGGGCAUCAAUUGCUACAUUUGCCCAACUAAAAUCAGCUUACGAGGAUGGGUUUGACCAGUGUGAUGCUGGCUGGAUUGCAGAUCAGACAGUACGAUAUCCAAUUACAAGACCCAGGGCUGGUUGCUAUGCUGAUAAAAGGGGAAAACCUGGUAUCAGAACCUAUGGACUACGAAACCCGAAAGAGACUUAUGAUGUCUACUGUUAUGUGGACAAGCUAGAAGGGGAAGUUUAUUAUGCUCCUGUAACUUACAAGAUGACCCUGGAAGAGGCCAAAGAGGAGUGCAAAAGAAGGGGUUCUUCACUGGCCUCCCCUGGUCAGCUACAUGCGGCAUGGAGGCAGGGCCUGGACAGGUGUGAUUAUGGUUGGCUUUCUGAUGGAAGUGCCCGUUACCCAGUCUCCAUACCCAAGGCACAGUGUGGAGGAGGUCUUCUGGGUGUAAGGACCAUGUAUCGGUACAGUGACCAAACAGGAUUUCCAAGUCCAAGCUUGAAGCUGGGCGCCUACUGCGUUAAAGCAAAAGAGCUUGGUAAGCAGACCAGCUGGGUUGAUGUUGCUAUUGAAGGUGUUACUACAGCUUCAAAGGAGUCAGUGGUUUCUUCCAUCAGGCCCUUUUUGCCCCCAUUUUUUAUGGACAAGAGCACAGCUAAAACACUUACUUUGGAACCGACCACACUGAAGGCUGUAACAGCUACAAAAGCUGAUCUUGGGGAACCAUUUCAAACUGGAGUUACCACGAAGCCCCUUUCAACUCAGAAAUCCUACACUGUCGAGACAACCCAGCCGGUUUUUGAAGAGAGAUCUGAGAGCUUUCAUCAAGAAGGUGCUGAAGCCCCCACAGAGCCCCCAUCCAUGUUUUCAACCAGCAUGGUUGUUCCACAUCACAGAGUCUCACAUGACCCUAUUCAAGUCACCAUACCACCUGCGAGCACAGUUACUGUCCAGGAAGAAUACAUGAGCUUUGCAACAACAUUCCUGUUUGAUGACAAUGAUUAUGAUGAUGAAAGUGUGAUCCAGGUAGAGUCAAUCCCUCAGGGAUAUACAGUGCCUACAGAACUAUCCUCUCCAUCCUCCACUGUGAAAAGUGUACAUGCUUCUCCCAGCGCAGCCCAAGAUGACACUGAUACUCCAAUAAAACACCAAACACCCUCUGUGACAAAAGAGUCAUUUAAAGACCCUGAUGAAAUCUCCUUGUCUGCUUCAUCAACACACCUGGACAGUUACUUCACUGAUUUAAAGGCUGGCACAAGAACAGAACAGAGUGACAGAAUGUUUCCUACUAAGUCCACAAGAGAAUCUUUUUUACCAGACCAAGAUUCACAGGCUGAGGCUUCAACACCACAAAUGUCCACUGAAGUACACAGCAGUAUUGCUACAGUAACUCAGAGAGCUGGUGAAAGCAAGACAGUUUCAGACACUGUAAAGUAUGCAAACUUUGUUGAGGAUUUUACUACAAGUUUUCAGAAGCCUUCCGAAGGUGUGAUAGAAGUCAAGGAUGUGACAACUGAAAGUCACAAAAAAUAUCUGACACGGAGUACUAGAUCGUACACUGCAGACAUUUCAACAGCCACCCCACAGACUGUAAUACCAAGCCAAUCCAUGCUUCAUUUUGAAGUUCAAGAGCAAGAACAACAGUCUGAUAAUGAUAUUUUACAAGUUUUUGAAGAGGUGGAGAAUAUUGCUUCUCAAGUGUCUCCAUCUUCAACUACAAGUACACAGCCUCAGUGGACAUCUCCUCAUAGCAACAUCACCUCGACUCUGGCUUUUGUGAGUGAGCAGCAGGAGACGUACAAAGACACCAAGAAAACAAGAGGGGAUCAAUUUGAAAUGCCUUUGGGAAAAACUGAAGAUGUAGAGCAAAUGACCAUUAACUAUUCUCUGGUAGAGUUCAAGACAUUCCCAGAAGAAAAUUACAACAGCUACACAAUUCCAAAAAAGGCUUUGCUUGGAACAACAUCACAUCCAUUUCUAUCCAGUCUGCAGCCUGAUAAUGAGAAACCUGGUGCACUAGUCAAAGACCCAGAUCUUUUUGUAAGUUCAGUUAAAGAUUUACAUAAGCCACAAACCAGCACAGUGUACAGUACAAAAGAUGUGCUAGAACAAAUAUCUACAGAUGCAGUUAUUACUUUAAGUCCUGAGACCUUUGAGGACAUGGAAACAUCUGGGAGAUAUCCUACAGAUGAUGACCUUGAGGUAAAUUUACAAGAUGGAUCAGGUGAUGAUGCAUAUGAUGCUUCAACACAAUCAGAUGCUACCAGCAACACCGAUGGAACUCAGACACUUCCCUAG